UGACGAAGCGUUAAGAUGCAGUGAAAACGGUGCCGUGUUGAACCCUGUAAUUUUCUACGUGAAAUCUUUAAUUCUGACAUUAUUUCAAAGAAAACGUUUUAUUUAGCAAAGGACGAUGAGCACUAAGAAACACAUCACCGACGCUCAACCGGCAACGGUGGACGAGCAUUUUCAACUGAUCUUGCAUGAUAGGGAAAUUAUUGAUCAUGAUUUAGUAAAAGUGACAUCGGAUGAUCUACCUGAGUGGUUCGAUGAAAGGCUAUUUAAAAUAGGCCAGGGAUAUUAUAACGGAAAUUUACUAGGAUUUGGAACUGCACUUGCGUCAGGCCUCACAGCAAUAUUAGCUGUUCCAGACAUACUGGAGGUUCUUCUUUUCACCAGGCAAAAUGCCACAAUCAUCUCGUCUUACAAGCGAUUCUCCCAAACGCUGCUAUUCAUGUACGCACUCUUUCACGAGGACAUGCUCGAUCCAAAUUCGAAAUGGUUCAGUGCGCUGAACGCGAUUCGACAAAAACACGUGAAGGUCAGUAAAAAGCGUGUUCAGAGGAAUCUCCAUGGGAUAUACCAAAAGGACAUGGCGAUUACGCAAUUCGGUUUCAUAGGGUACGUCUUUGUGUGUCCCGAAAAGAUUGGACUGGCGUACGCUACUGAGGAGCAGAGGAUAGGUUUUAAUCAUUUUUGGCAAGUAACGGGUCACCUAUUGGGUAUAAGCGACAGGAUGAAUAUUUGUAGAAGAACGGUGGAGGAAACGGUAGAACUAUGUAGAAGAAUUCAAAAUGAAAUAUUGGCAAAACAUUUAGAAAACCCGCGUCCGGAAUUUGUACGGAUGAUGAAAAAUAUAACGCAUGGAUUCUGGUACGUCGAUUUGUCAGUGAACGAGGACGCUUUCCUUAGUCUCGCAUACAAUCUAACGGGAAUUAAAUAUAUAAAGCCCAUUGGGUGGUACUCAUAUUUGAACCAAAAGACUCGUGAAUUGAUAUUAUACUCAUGUGAUAUGCCGUUCAUUGGUUGGGUGAUACGACAAAUAUUCAAUUUAAUACUCGCAGUGUCUUACUGGAUACUAGAAUAUUAUCCACUGAUACCAAUGUUAGCAUUUGGUAGAAAGAAUGCAAAACUUUGUCUAUAUUCAGAAAAUUAAUAUUAUUGUAAUUAUUAUAAUAUACAGGAUGUUCAGCAGUAGGUGUAAAAAAAUUUAAUGGGUUAUUUGUAAAACUAAAAUAAAGUGAAAAUCGAAAAUAAACAAAUUGCGUUUUCGGCUUUGUUCUUUAA